ACCUCGUUCGAAUUGUUUGCCUCAAGGACUGUGCGCAGCUUCGGCGCGCUGAACUCACAAACGCUGGGCUGGGCACCAGGUGUCUGCACGAUCGCAAGAUGGCGCCCAAACGUGGUUUGAGCAUUGAACCGUCUGCAGAACGGGACGAAUUCAUUCGCAAGCUGAAGGAAUACCACGAGAAGCGCGGGACGAAUCUCGACCUGGAACCCAAGAUCGGCAUCCGACAUAUCGACAUCCACAAACUUUACGAGCGUGUAGUUGAAGAAGGCGGAUAUGAUCUCGUAUCGGACACAAAGGCAAAGCCUCUGAUGUGGAGGAAAUUGGCCGAGGAAUUUAUUGGCAAAAAUCAGUACACAGCGGCGCAAGCUUUCCAGAUCAAGAACGUCUACUACAAGAACCUCUGCGCGUACGAGAUAAGCACACACUGGAAGCAGGAGCCGCCGCCGAAGGAGAUCCUGGAGGACGUUACCGCGAAAGGCGCAAACGUAAUGACGCGAACGCUGGAGAACUUUGUGAAGCCGCUGGGUCGCGAGCAGGAGCCCGUCCAAAAUGGCGAUGGCAGCGAUGCAAGUCCAGAGCAGAAGACACCCAAGGAAGAGAAGAUCGAGGUCGGUGACGAGCCUGGCAGUGCGGCUGGGCGCUCCACACGUGGCCUUCGACAACAACCGCCGCAGCGACAGCUGUUCCAGCCCGAGGCGAAUCCCGGCCGAAACAUCCGCACGCAAGGUCAAAUACCACAGGCCUCUCCUACCCCUCAUGCCAUGGCUAAUGGGACUUCAUACGCGCCGCCAGCCACACAUGGCGCAUCCGCGACAUUGGCCUCGUACGAGCCCUCGCAAGCCUAUCCGCUAUCUCUCAAACCUGUCAUCACUCCGGCGAACAAUCCCGAAUUCUACCGAAACGAACGAAAGAGGAAGCUCGAGGCCAGUUCUGGGCCGCUAGCAAAGAAGUAUAAGAACAUUAUGCUUCCCGGUACCGGGUUUAUUGGACCCAACAUCUACGUGCGAGCUCAGUUGGCCCUGCAGAGCGGCAUCGCGGAUGAAGAACAGUACGCGCUGCACCAUCUUGUCAAGAUCAGUCAUGAACGGGGAGAGAAGUUUCGAUUCGACCAGUUUCCUGGACUUGCCGACGCACUUGUGAAGAAGGUCAUAUCUGUUACGAGCUUGUUCUACGACAUUGACUGGGACGUGAUGUACGAUGAGGAAUUCUUCGCUGGCGAUGAUGAGACUCUCAAUGGCCUGGAUGGAACCCCCGACAUUGUGCAGAGGCUCAAUUCUCGCGUUCCUGUGAUCUUUGAUGAUACAAUCCUGGACUCCGCGUUUCUGUCCAAGGUCAACGUAAUGACCGAGGCGGCUCUGAUCACCCGGAAUAUGUGCUUGCAGGAGGAGAACGCUUUGUACAUGUCUCGCUUGCCACUCGUUCGAGAUCUGAUCGCAGUCGUCUUACAUAUGCCCGAUCACGUGAGCAUUGUGGAACUGCGACAGUAUGUACUUGACAUUGCGGAGCAGGUCCUGAAGUACAUCGACGUAGGCACGCAAGAUGCCCUAUACCAAGGUCUGCUCAGACAAAUCACCGGCUCAGACCGAGGCGCAAUCGUCACAGCUUUCAAGACAGUCAGCAGAAUUGCCAUGACACACCGAGCACCGAAACGACUCGACGAUGUUCCCCUUGAAGUGCUCAAACGUGCCCAGGACUUCCUGCUCGUGGAGGACGAGGAACUUCGAUCAGCGUGCUUGGACUUCUUCAUGCAAUUCACAUCCAUCAGUGACAACGUGGAGAUCUUGCUACGAUCACUAAGCACUGAAGCACUCGGGCGGCAACUCAGUCGAUUAGUCUUGUUCAACGCGAAAGAGCACCGGGAGACCCGGUCAUCCAAGCCGGUUGAAGUUGAUAACAGCAUACCGCCUCCGGUCCCGCGUCUGUCGACGAGUCUUGUCGAGGGUCUGCUAAAGAUGGAAGAACCAGAGCGAUCCUCCGAAUGGCUGAGAAUGUGCUUCGUGGCGGAUCCCAACGCCGAAAUGACUCAGAUCUCGCUAUGGCAAUCAUAUCAGAGCACUUUCGGACCAUACCAGGUAUCUCACCCACACUUGAUUGCAGGAGAGUUCAUCAAGAAUGUCAGCACUACGUUUCAAGGCGCGACUGCACAGGUGGCAGGGUCGAACAAAUAUGUCAUCCGUGGAAUCAAGUCGCGCAAUGUUCCUGUCGAUACUGGUAUGCUACCAGGCGCCAAAGCAACAGACAAAGGCAAGGACCUACAUCGCUGUCACUGGACAAUGACCGUCACAGUGGAAGGCGUGCGUGAUCCAGUCACCGGCAUCGCGUCUGCGCCCUCAACGCGAGAACAAGAGUGCGCAGAGUGGUUCAGAUCAAAUGAUGAUAUGCUGAAGCACAUAUUGAACAACCAUCUUCAACUGCCGAGGAAGGCUGCCUCGCCACCUGGUUCCGAUCAAAUGGACGACAACCUGGACUUCGAGGCCGCCGAUAAAACGACGUACAGAUGCCGAUGGGCAGAAUGCCAGCGCUCGUCUGUCGACUUCCCGAGUGGCAAGAUUCCUCGCACCACACUCUUCGCUAGGCAUAUUGAGACACACUUACCCGAAACGGAGCCAUCAAGAUCGAAGCACAACUUGACCACGGAACAAGCUUCGGCGCCUGCAGACGGGGAGAUCUUCAGGCUGACAGUGCUCGAAGACGAACGCGGAGAUGCAGCAGGAGUUCCCUUACGUGCUGCUCUGGUGCUGCGGAACAUCGCCAAGUUUAUGCCGAGGAAGGAGAGUGGUCCUAAAGAUGCGACGAAGAAAGGGACGGCUGGGGAUGUGAAAGAGUGGCCGGAAGACGUUCUGUUCAGCAGUGAGGUUAGGGAGCGUCUGUUCUAUGCGAUGUCUUACAGCAAGACAUUAAGGGAUUACAUGGGCACGAUCUUCAGGGCUCUGAAGCAGAACGGCGGGUAG